AUGACCGCUGCAGGUGUCACCGUCGGCGGCACCUCCGACCAGCCCCCUAGCUCCCCGUCGAACACGCCACAGCCGUCGUCUGCGAGCGCCUCCGAAGAAAGCUCCGAGAAUGAAAAGGCAAGCAUAAAGCCGAUGGGCAUGGGAACAACCUCGCCACAAAAUGCAAGUGCACAAGGAUCGAAGGAGACACCUGAGGAACUCGAUGACUUCGGCCUGCCCAUUCGACCACGCUCGAGACCCGUGGGAUCCUCCAAUGAUUCCCCCGACAGAGGCACCCAUUCCAGAGCUGAAAAUGCACCUGCCGGCGCCGAAGCUGAGCAGCAACCCACAAAUGAUGUGGAGACGGUGAUAGAAGCAUCUCAGGAGAUGUCGGAGAAGUCGGACACUGGAAAGACAGAAAAAUUCGAGCAACAAGAAACACAGCCGGCCAAAAAGCCGGAACCUCAAGAUGAUCAAUCUACGUCUGCCGAGAACCCUUCUGAGCCGUCUGAUCCUCCGCCUCCUUAUCGAACCUCGACAUCAAAGCCACGGAAUGCCGAGAUCUCCGAAUGGUCACACAUGCGAUUGGCCCAGUCCAAUGACGCACACGAGGAGAGCGAAGAGGAAGAGGACAACCACGGAGAUUGGAAGGCAAUGCCCGCCCUCGGGGAAUUCGACUACUAUGACGACUAUGGACGACUAAUUGCCCGUGGUGCCGAAGCGGAGGACAACGAGGCCGUAUACCAGGGACUAGGUGGCGCAGGGCGGGGCUACACUCGAGUGCAGCUUGAUGAAGAUGCCCAGUCUGCCACUAGUCUGGAUGAAGACACAAGCUAUCUUUUCCGAGAAACGGGUGGUAACCAGGCUGGUCUGGAAGGCGAGGAACUUCGGGAUUCCGUCAGCCAACUCCAAGCCACCAAGGACUUUCUCAACGAGACACAAAAGAUCGCCUAUGUAGGCGUAGUCCGACUUGCGAUCCACGAGAUGAACAGUGAGGUGGCAAAGAUUCCCACGACAAAGUCAAAGUCCACGAAGAAAACUAUCCACAAAGCCGUGGAUGGCAUGCGAAAAUGGGGCCAGGCCAUGAUGGGACGCUUAUAUAUGCAUAUGGAUAUCAGUUCUGCCGAGCAAAUCAUGAUUGAACAGCUUGCUGAUCACGGCGUGCACCCUGGAGAUCUGAUCCGGCCGUUGAUGCAAAACGCUCGCGUCAAGAAUCCAAUGGCGGAGGAUGAACCGAAGACAUCUACAUCUUCUGUUGCAUCCCCCACAACGAAGAAUGAACCUCGGUCGAGAUUUUCAACAGAGACCGAGGUAUCUGAACUCGGGUCUCCUCCGCCAUAUGAGGUCCACGAAGGCGAGGAACUCCCAGAGGUCCGGACACCCUCUCAAAUGCCUACAUCAGAUCGAAUCGAUAUUGAUCUUCGAUGGACUGUUCUUUGCGACUUGUUCCUUGUGCUCAUUGCAGACUCCGCGUACGAUGCUCGGUCAAGAGCACUUCUGGAAAGAGUCGGAGCAGCCAUGGAUGUAACGUGGCUUCAGAUAUCACGAUUUGAAAAGCGUGUUACAGAUGCCCUCGAAAUGCAAGAACAGUCAGAGAAGGAAUCCUGGGACGAGUCUGAUCAUAUGGAGAACCGCCGGAAGAUGGCUCUCAAGCGGAGAUACAUGGUUAUGGGAUUGGCGACAGUGGGCGGUGGACUCGUUAUCGGUCUAUCCGCCGGUCUGCUAGCCCCCGUCAUCGGCGCUGGUCUCGCUGCCGGUUUGACCACAGUGGGAAUCUCCGGAACCAGUGCGUUCCUGGGUGGUGCUGGCGGUACGGCUGUGAUCGCAUCCACCGCUUCAUUGAGCGGUAGCGUUAUCGGCAUGAGGGCUUCGAAGCGGCGAACUGGCGCAGUCCAAACAUUCGAAUACCGUCCUUUACACAAUAACAAGAAGCUCAAUCUGAUCGUUACGGUAUCAGGCUGGAUGACUGGCAAGGUUGAUGAUGUCCGGCUGCCAUACAGUACCGUGGAUCCAAUCAUGGGCGAUAUCUACUCUGUUUUGUGGGAGCCCGAGAUGCUUCUCAGCAUGGGUGAUACGAUCAACAUUCUUGCAACUGAGGCAUUGACUCAGGGCCUGCAACAAGUGUUGGGUAGUACCAUCUUGAUGGCUUUGGUGGCUUCUUUACAGCUACCUCUAGUCCUUACUAAACUCGCCUAUCUGAUCGACAACCCAUGGAACGUUUCGCUAGCCCGUGCCCACUCCGCAGGUCUAGUUUUGGCCGAUUCCUUGAUAGAUCGAAACCUCGGAAACCGGCCCGUCACAUUGCUCGGUUUCUCCCUGGGUGCACGGGUCAUCUUCUCGGCUCUGAAAGAGUUGGCUGAAAAGGGUGCUCUUGGCCUUAUUCAGAAUGUGUAUCUGUUUGGGUCACCCGUCGUGGCUAACAAGGACGACUACCUCAAGAUCCGCAGCGUGGUGGCUGGGCGAUUCGUGAAUGGGUACUCCAAGAACGAUUGGAUCCUGGGAUACCUCUUCCGGGCUACGAGUGGCGGUAUCAUGCGGGUGUCUGGCCUGGGGCCAAUCGAGGGUAUCCCGGGCCUGGAGAAUUAUGACCUGACAAGUUUGGUCAACGGCCACAUGGACUAUCGCGCUGCUAUGCCUCGUAUUCUGAGAGAGGUCGGCUGGGAAGUACUCGAGGAUGAAUUCGCCGAGAUCGAGGAUCCGGACCCAGAUAACCACGCCGAGCGCCAGCGCGAACUGAUUCGUGAAAUCGAUGAAGCUCGCCGAGAGGCAGAGUUGAAACCGGAGAAGAAGCGAUUCGGUCUUUUCAAGCGUGGCAGGAUGGCCGAAAAGAAAUCCUGGGAGACAUACGCCGUCGACCGAAACUCGGGGUCUCGUGACUCCAGCGAAGCAACAAGUGCGCCGGGCUCUGUACUGUUCGAUAUUGAAGCUAUUCGAGCCGAACUGGCAUCGGAAGCGAUCGAAGUCAAGCAGCUUGAGUCAACUCUUCCUCCGAUGAAGCUCAAUCUGAACCCAUCGACGGAGUCGACUCCCGCGACUCCAAUUGAGAAGGCUUCGAACGCUUCCGAGCUCGAGCUCGAGCCCGAGCCGUCUUCUAUGCCUCGAACUGCAUCCGAGCCGAAACUCAAUACCGGUGGUAUAUCCCCUCGCGACCCCAAGGAAUCUUCUAUAUUACCGAAAGAGGAACCGGUCGAAAUGACCUUUGAUACCUCCUUCCACGAACCCCUUCAAGCCCAGUCUGAGCACCCCGUUCGGCCGGAAUUGCGGUCUUCCACUACGAUGCCCACGAACAUCGGCUCUACUGCGGUCGGAGCCAUGGCCCUGGAGCCUAAUGCCUGGGCUGAUGAUGAGCAUGGACACGGCGAUGGGGAGAUUUCCAUGACUUUUGAAUAA